CAGCCGCGGUAUUGAGGAAAUAUACCCUACCGUAAUACGUUGUACGCAUGUGUUAGGCUCUAGGAUAUUAGGAAAACCGGCAAGGACGAUACGCAGAAUACGAUAGGCAGAAAUAUUCGACCCUGUAUCCCAUGACCUAUCGUCGUUUUUGUUAUAUAAUAUGUAUGAAUGCCGGCUCAGGUUUUCCGGAUCGACGGAAUCAAACAUCGGUCCAGUUUAUUUGGUCCCAUAGAUCGGCUUGCGAGUUUCGGGCCUACCCUGUCUUCUCAUACUGUCUUGCUUUUGCUUUAAGGUUAAGGCCUUUGCCCUCGCCCUGUCCUGACUAGCUUGCUCGACAUGCAAGUUGUUGGGGAUGUAUUUCUCUAGUAUACUUGCAGCCACCGCGCUGUCAUUCCUUAUUGUAUCCGCGUCGGUGAUACCAGUCCCUCCUUCACGAAGAGCAGAAGACGAUGCUCCUGUUAUGAACAUAGAUUUCGCCGACCCGUCGAUACUCGAAGAUGAUGAGGGUAAUUGGUACGCUUUUGGGACGACUGGAAAUGGCAAGCACAUUCAAGUCGCCAAAGCAGACUGUAUCUACGGAAACUGGAGCCUCCUAGAUGACGUCGACGCCCUUCCCCAAUAUGCUUCCUGGUCUACUGGGAGCAACACUUGGGCUCCUGAUGUACACCAAUUAUCGGAUGGGUCAUUCGUAAUGUACUACAGCGGCGAGGUGGCCGACAAUCCAUCACACCAUUGCAUCGGCACAGCGACAUCGGAUACGAUCACCGGCCCGUAUAUACCCGAAGAGGAACCCUUUGCCUGCAACCUCACUGUCGGUGGUGCUAUCGACGCCUCCGGAUUCGAGGAUGACGAUGGCACGCGAUAUGUUGUAUAUAAAGUCGACGGAAAUAGCAUCGGACAUGGUGGUAGCUGCGGUAAUACUGUUCAGCCAAUCGUUCCUACACCGAUUAUGCUCCAAGAGGUCGAAUCAGAUGGAGUAACGAAAGUCGGCGAUGCUGUUCAAAUCCUCGAUCGCACCGAAGAUGAUGGCCCGUACGUAGAAGCUCCAAGUCUGAUACGGACAGAAAAGGGAAUGUAUAUAUUGUUCUUCAGCAGCGGUUGCUACCUCGAACCGAGCUAUAAUGUCAAUUAUGCAACCUCGAUGAGCGUGUCAGGUCCGUAUACGCGCGCGAAACAGCCAUUGCUUAGAACAGGGGAAUAUGGAUUGCAAGCACCUGGUGGCGCCACCGCCGUACAUGUUAGGGAUAAGAUCGGUGUCGUAUACCAUGCGAACUGCCAAGAAGGACGAUGUAUGCAUACGUCGCCGACCGAUAUCGACGGCCGGGAUGUGGAUGUUGUGAUUUAAAGGGCGAGGCGAAGGCGACCAUCGACGAUCAUUACCUACCUAAUUCAUCAUGAGAGACGACGUGGAAAAGAGACGAGCUGUACAUGGUUUGUUCGUCGCAUUUCGGUAUAGGCUCUACCUAGAGAAGAUAGAGGGGAGCCUCCG